AGAGCAUCAAACUCUCAUAUCUGGCUUUUCUAUUGGUUAAUGUGUGUGUGUGUGUGCGUGUGCAUGCGUUGUGUGUAUGUGUGCAAUGCAGGGAAUAUCCCUUGUUGUGAAAAUAAAAACCACUUCAGGUAAGUCUGUGUUUUGUUGUUUUAGAGCACGGAGGGGGGUGGGGGGUGGAAGUCAUUACUGAUACGAAGGAGGCAGAGGCUGUGCUGUAUUUGCAGUUCCACGGGGGGGUUCAGCCCAGGGACCCGUGCGAAGCCGUCUGGAAGGCUGCUUCAGGAGCGGGGUGCCUCGCUGGGGUAGCGGGGCUCUCCCGGUGCCGGAGCCGCCGCUGAGCCCCCGCUCCUCGCCCCCCGCAACUCCGCGCAAACGCGCUCCCGGCGCUGGCGCGUUCCCGCUGGGUGCCAGCGCCGGGAGCCGCCGCUCCCUGGCUGUGAAAGGACCCUCGACAAUGAAAACAGCUGCAGGAACAGUUCGUUCGAGCGGAACUUCGGCGUUCAGGGAUUAUUCAGGGGCGUGGGGCUUACCCUGUGGUCAGAAUCCUGUCCGGCCCUGCCCAGGGGCCAGGGGAGGCAGGGCAGGAACACACCGACGCACCGUGAGCUGCCCCAGGCCGGGGACAGGCGGGGGACAGAGGAACAGAAUCAUCACGGCCCGGCCGGCGACGAGGCAGCACCGGGCUGGGGAGGAGGGCAGGGGCGAGGCCGCGGGUGGGGACAGUCCCGUCGGGAGAGCUAAAAACAACCCGUCGAGCGGGAUGGUUCACAGGCUGCCUCACCGCCCCGGGGCUUCCCUUAGCGUGGGGCCGUACCGCCCGGGCGGGCGGGCUGCGGGCUGCGGGCCGGCGGCCCGGCGGGGUCGGACGGGCCCCGGUGCCACCUCAGCCGCCCUCGGGCGCGGGCCCGUCGGGGCCGGCGCCGCGCAUGCUCCGCGCCGCGUCACGUGCGCGGGAAGGCCGCGGGGCCCCGCCGGGAGCCCGGCCGGGAGCCCGGCCCUGGCCCGACCACCGCGCCCCAGCCGAGGGAGGACCGUGCCCCGAGGCGCCGGCAGACGGCAGGGGACGGUGUUUCGGCCGGAGACCCGGGCAUCGCCUUCAGAGCUCUGGGCUCCCUCGACGUGCGCAACGGGAGACGGGCGCACCGCUCCGCCGCCGCACCCGCAGCUCCGCUUCCCUCGGGGACUUUGCUCGGCCGCCCGCGGCUGCCUGCUCGCCAGGCGCGGCCAAGAGCCCUCCGCAAAAAAACCGACAAACAAACACCCCGAAAUCGCCCAUUUUAAAAGCCGGGGUCGAGUCUCACGCCGGGGGCCUGGUUUUCUUCCUUUCCUCCUUUUCCUCCUUUCCUCCUUUCCUCUCACACCCUGAGGCUGCAACGUCACUGGCUCUUGCUUUGCCCGGUGGACGAAGUAGCACAGCCAGCCCCUACCCAGCUAGUAAGAGUCUUUGAAGUUUAGAUCGAUGUCCUGAAAACUUGUCUGAAAGUUACUUAAUUCACGGGCCACAGGCCACCUGACGAAAAAAAAAUCCAAAACCACACAGAAUGAAUAAUUUCGUCACUUUAACCAUAUGUAUAUGCACAGAAAAUUAAGGGUACGUGUAAAGUUUGUCUUAAACGCGGCAAAAUCCAUGAAAGACUUCUUGCCCUGCUCUAGAUGAGGCUUGCGGGCAGGCCAUUUGAUUUAUUUUCAUUUUUCAAAGGAAUGGAGAAAGUCGUCCGAUUAAAAGUGGUAUUAUUAUAAUCUCCAUUCUUAAACCUUGAAACACCCUUGUAAACAAUCGGCUCCUUCUCCCAGCCCGGUUCCCACCUCCACUUAGUAAUGACUGGAAGAUUUAUGAGGCUUUUUUAGCAACACCUGUCUUUUUGAGCUGUCGACACAACCAAUUAAUACUUUUAAUUACCACUACAAGGAAACUAACCAGAACCUUUGUGAUUUGAUUUCGCCGCUGAAUUUUAUCCCCUCUGAAGCAGCCCCAAGUGGAGGCACUGAGGCCACGGGGGGGGGACUCUUUUUGCUGCAGGUUUAUUUUGCCUCGGGCUGGAUGGGGGUAUGAUUUGGUUUGGUUUUAUUUCGCUUCUCUUUUCCCCUCUUCUUUUGAAGUAUUUAGCCAUCCCUUUCUAGAAGAAAACAAAAGGGCUUGCUGACGGGACCCCAGAGCACACAAGUCCUCCGGCUCCCAGAGAACCAGCCUUUCGCACUGGCGGCCCCGGGGACGGCAAGGGAAAGGCUGGAGGCACCAAGCACCGCUUAGGCAAAAGUUACCAUAGAGAAAUAGUGCGAGAGGGGGCCGAUCUGGCUCUCACCGAAUUCAUGGCAGUUUUUACCAGUCAUUUCAACGAAGGAGCGAGCAUCCCCUUUGCGGAGAAGGGAAGAACAGGGGCAGACGGCACCUGAGCCCCGCAGACCGUGGGACGGCGUGUUGAGCGCCGAGCGGGAACCCCGCUCUCACCUCGGGCCUGGGCUAUUCUCUUCCUGCACCCCCAUUUCCUCGAGUAUCCCUGAUCUUCAUCUGAAUAAUCCAACAGUCGAGGAGGAGAUGGGGCAAAAACUUGAACAGAAAGUGUGUUUGUCGUUCAAAUGGCAUGAGUGCGAUCAAAAGUUCACAGAUGCCCAUGAACGGUGCCGGCAGGGCGCUAUCCUCCCUCUCUCCAGAGAUGCCCCUUUAGCCAUAGGGUGUGUGAGUCUGGCUGACCGCUCCCCGAUUAGCCCAAAGUGCUAGGAAAUGGGGCUGCCACGAGACCCCCGGCCUUAUCCUGGGCGGAUUGCAAAGGGCGUGAUCAAACCUUGCCCCCAUGCCCAUGUUUCACAAUGCGGCGUGAAGUGGGCAGCAGCGUAUGGAAAUGAAGCGGGAGCACCCAACUCGGGAUGCUUAACCCUGGCCCAUCCUCCGUGGACUAUUCCCUCUCCCCCCAAUCCCCAGCUAGUGCAUGUGAAUUGCUGGAAGUCCCUCCGACCGAAUGCCGGGAACUGGGAAGCAGAAAGCAGUGGUCUUUGGGUUAAACAGACACCUCUGCCUGGUAAAACACCCCGUGGCGUUCCGUGCCUGCUCUCCUUUGUGUUAUCUCUAACGCUGCCCAGGCCUCGCAGAGUUAUGCCGUAAAGGCGACGUCCCACGUUAAAACAAUAUGAAUUCGCGGACGGAUCUUGAAUAUGAAUGAGAUCCAGCUGUCAGAACCCCGAAAUAUCUCCCGCGCCUCACGCCGCAGAUACCUAACGUGCUUCUACCGGCCCCGUCCCCCACCAUCCCUUCCUCCUGCGUUUUUUCUGUGAGAGGGAUGCUCAGAGGAGAGGAGUCAGGGCAAAAAGAUGGAGAAAGGUGACGAUUCCCAAUAGCGAAAAAUAAAAAUAAUUCUUGGCGGGAUGGAGGAUAACGUCGUGGUCACACUAGAACCAGUCAGUCGGGCAAAGCAGUUUCACUCUGCCAGUGAAACCGCUCUCGGUGUCAAGAGCUUUCCCGCUCCGUAUGCUGAAUGCGGGAGGAAUUCAGGUUGCUGGAGGCGAUGCUCUGUUCGUAUGUACCUCUUUACGCCUUCAGAUACGGGACCUCACCUAGUUAAGUUUCUAUAGAGAGAUCAGAUAAUGCAUCCCUUCGGAUUAUCUUUCUAAAUUAACUUUUAGAUUUGUUUUUAUAGUCCGUUGAGACCCUGACAAAAGAGGCUGUAGCUAGAUACAGAUACGAGAUAAACGUAUAAAGCAAGCUCAUUACACCGGAAUGAGUGAAGAACUCUCCUUGCAAUCUACUCUAGAUAACGAGUCUGCCCGAAGAAACAAGUAAAGCCGAGAUAUUUAUUUCUUUUCCUAAUAAAUAAACCUCAAUAACUGCAUUGACUUUGCACGAUGUUUACUACAUUUCCAUUCAGUGCUUGGGUAAAUGCAUCCCUAAAGGCAGAGUAAAUAAUUGCACUGAUCUCAACAGGGGAAAUGUGUAGACAUUUGAAGUGUACUAAAAAUAAACGAAGGCGAAAGAGACUGAAGAGAGAGGACACCGCGCUUGUUUGCCGUAAUUAAAGCCUCUGCUUUCGCUCUCCGGAUUCCGAGACUUCCCGACCGCAGCCGGGGUGACACGUUUCCCGCGGGUGUCGCCGGCACAGCACACGAGUGGCCGUGGGGAGCCGCGGUUGGGCUCGGGAGGUCUCGGCGCGGCGCUUGGCUGGGAACUGAGAGUGGCCGCUACUGCAGGACAAAUUGUAGCCUCUCUAAGAGCCUCGAGUUUCCAUUCGCCUCUGAGCCCUUCCAAGACGAGCACUUAAGAGCGGUGGUGGUUUGGGUUUUUUGUUUUCUUUUUUCUUUUUUUUUUAAUUAGACUGCAUCUUCUUCCUCUGCCAGAAUAAGGUUUUUAUUUAAUUGUUGUUGUUUUUUUUCUUUCAUUUGAAAAGAAAACAAAACAACAUAAGUCCCCGCUAAAACCAACAUCUGCUUCAGCAGCACUCGGGGCAGACGGGGACGCCUGCCAAGUGAAAGCCUCACAGGCGGCGGUCUGCAAACCUGCGACUGCAUUCGGGGAGGUCCCCUGAACCUCAGAGGGGAAGGUCUCCCCACACCGCUGCCACGUAAGGCUCCCAGCGGAGAGGCGAAGGAGGCAGACUCUCGCUCAGACUCUUUACGGGGAUCACGUUCGCCGUAUGGGCAGAGCGGGAGAGACCUGUCCCCAGUGGUUCAGUUAAGGCGGUGUGGGUGCACACCUGACCAGGUGCGAGGAGAGGCGGGCGGCCAGGGCCUCCGAGGGAGUUCCGUCCUCCAGCCGGGCAGCCACUCGCCUGAAACUUGAUUGCAUUUUAAGGCAGGUAUCCAUCCUCCCCCCACAUAUCCCCCAACAGGGAAAACAACUAACGACAACAUCACGACAAAACAUUAACCAAACAAAAAGCCCCAGUGUCCGAUCCUCUGCAGAGCCACACACUGAAUGAAUCUGCCUGUAAGGUUUUAAUUACAGCCAAAGGCUUCGCUACAAAUCUGUACAAGAGACAGUGGCUGGUUCCCUCUGGAUCUUUCCCCUUCUGACUCCUAUUAUUUUGACCCAGGCUACAAUAUAGAGAGCGGCGUGUGUGAUCCAUCUGCAAGGCUGGGCUGGGGUUUACCCUCCCCCCCCCCGCCCGCUUCCCUGCCACUUCCUUCACACUCGCGAUAUGGAGAGCCAUUGACGCCUGCCUGUCUGUUAUAAUGUUAGUGGGUUGAAAUCCAGAGGAGCCUCCGCUCCGCUCUUGCUCUCGCAUUGGCAGCGCUCAAAUUCCGCAGUCUCUCCUCAAAAUGGCUCUCUUCCAGUUUGAGGAGGUGACCUCCUUUAGAGAGUGCCUUUCCUCGCCAUUUUGCUGCCAUUUAGAAGAUGGCAUUAGGACAUACUGGCAGGAGAGGAGGACGUGUUUUGGGGUAAAUAGGCUUGAGAGACCGGUGAAAAAAAUGUCAUCGGCAGAUGCAAGGAGGGAUAUUUUGCUAUAGCUUCUGGGAGGUGUACAUAGAGCAGGCUGCUAGGGGAGGACGGCGGCUGCCGAGCCGAGCCGUGCCGGGCAGCUGCCCCGCACACCCGCGAGGUGCGGCCGCGGACACCCGCGGAGCGACGACACGCGGGGCGGGGGCGCAGAUUUGUCAGCCACCACAGCCGAGGUCCAGCGGGGAAAGUGCCGUGUAUCUGCGAAGCGAGCCUCUCCGCAAAAACGCGUCUGGAGCGGAUCGCAGCCAGCAGGAAUAUUUUCUGGCUUUCCGCUUCUCUCAAGACUUUCCGCACACACCUCUGCCGGAGAAUCCCGUUCUCUCCCGAGCACCUUUCGAUUGCUUUGUGGAUUCUGCAUUGUUGCUAAAAAACCCAGGAGAUCCCGCACUAAUCUUUGCCUUCCCCCCCGCAUUUCUCUGACACACCAAAAAAAAUCGUGUUUCAGGAUCCGCUUCAUGCACAUGCAUGGGCUUCUCGCGGGAAAACACACAAAAACAUAAUUCCUGAAAUAAGUUUCUCUCGGAUCUUCACAGCUACUUUGACCAGUGUGAGACAGAAAGCACUCUCCCGGCCCCUGGUGUGAAAUGGGGAGAGGGGAUACAUAAUCCCAGAGCGCAGCCUUCAGCUCCUUCUGCGAGAGCAUCUUGGAGGAGCCUCGCCUGAGGAACAGCGUCAGCUAUCGCACCCCUCCCCACAAACCAAAAAACACGCUAAACAACCCGAGAGAGGGACUGCACUUGCAGAGCCCACCCUUGCAAACACCACAGCAGGACUUCCCGGGAAGGGAGGGGAUGAGAAACAGAACGAGAAUGUUUGUUUUCCCCUGUUGUUAUUGUUGAACGCAUGAAUGAAUGAAUGAAUGAAUGGAACAGAAGGUGCUCGGAGGCAUAUAGGAAGCCUCUGACCGCUUACAUUAACUUCCUAUUACACCCUAAAAAUAGAACCCCGUUUCCUGUUGUUCAUCAGCUCCUUCUGACUGUUGUGUCUGUUGUGUGACAUCUUUCGACUCACAACUGUGCCUUCAAACCACACGUACACGCUUUGGCCCUUUGAAAGUGUUACCCGCAAACAUCAUUAAAGCGGCACGGUUUAGGAUGACACUGAAGACCGAUCUCACGAAGUCACCCAGUCCCGGGGCACAAGGAGCCCGAUGCGCGGUGCCACGCUCUCCGGCAGUCAGCGGAGCAGGGGACGACCGCGGGGGAGGCGGGGAGGGGAAGCAGCGUUGCCCCCGCGGCUCUCAACCAGCCCGGGCGCGGAGAGGGACUGGCCCCAAGCCCGCUAGGGAUGCAAAGGCCUCGUUGCUCUCCAGGCGAGCGAGGGUGACUUGCGGAGUGCAUUUCCUGGGAAUGGUAAACCGAGGGGUUUAAUAAUCCCAGGAAAUAUUAAUAUUUAAACCGAGGAGGGAAGCCCGGCCAGGGAUGUGCAGGCAGAGUGCGAUGGUACCCACGGUCCGGAGCGGACAGGGUGCGGAGCCACGCGCAGGGCACGUCCCCAUCGCCAUCGGCCAGGGCUGCAGCCCAGUCCUCCGGGAGCUCAGGCUUGGCCGCGGAAAGAGCGGAGAAGCCAGGAAGGGGGUCACAUGCGGUGAAUUCCUGCUGUCUUUUCCCAGGGAGGGUCUGGUGCUCACAGGAGGCGGUGCAGGGGCUCCCGCCUCGGGGCAGUCCUCAGCCGCCCCCUAACUCGCACCUUGCCCCAUCCGGCCGGACUUCUGUCCCUCCCGGUCCCGCGCAACUCUCGGGAAGCUCGUUGACGCAAGGCGGCUCCCCUCGUGGGCUCCCACCCCUCACUUGUGACUGCUGUCUGCUCGCUUUCGAAGGCACUUCAAGGCGCGGGGACUAGGAGGUGUGGGGUGCCCGUCCUCACCCCUUUUUCACGAGUUACCCACCCUGGGAAAUGAGCACCCCACUGCUCCAGUGCGUCCAGAGCUAAUUUUUCAGGUCUAAUUUCUUCAGAAAGAGGCCGGUGACGGAGCUCGUCUGCACGCAAGUCAGAGCCAGGGAGGACCGGUGCCCGGCAGCGCGGUUUUCCGGCGGGCGGGGACCUCCCGGGCGACCCGGCAUCCCCCGCCAGAGCACGGGCCCAGAGCCUGCCCUACCCUCGGAGAAGAAAUAUCCCUGCAGCUGCCGCCUCUAUAAGGACGCGGCUCGGGCGCUUAUUGCCCCCCACCCCGCGACUCCCGGUGGGCCUAAUUAAAUUGGGGCAAAUUAUCGGUGUGAGGCUGGACGGAGUCAACUGUCUUGACGACAGACAAGGAUGUCUGAGCACCGCGGAGAAAGAGCGCCAGGUUUCCGGCUCUUCCCUCCGACUGGCGCCCACCGAUGACUCGGCGGGGGCUCCGCACCUCCGCUCACCGCCAUUCCCCCCGUCCCGCAUCCGAAGCCCCCGCUUGUCCUGCUCGCCCCACCGCAGCUCGUCUGUCAGCUACGCUGAGCGAGUGAUGCACAUGUAACUCCAUUUGCCGCCUAUCGCAGGAAGCAGCUCCUGCAGACUCUCCCUGCUUUUUCUUCUUCUUUUUGUCUGACUCAAGGUAGCAUAUAGGUAUUAUUUCAAAGUGGUUCCCUCUCCUGCUCAACUUUUUCCCAUUCCGGGGUUAGCAUCCAUUAUGUGGCAGGAAUUAUUUCGAAACAAGAAAGCAACGUGUUGCAAACACUCCCCAGCCUAUUUUCUGACAUCUUUUGUUAUGCAUGCUCUUGCUGCUGGAGAAAAUGCUAGUAUGUGCACCUGCGAAAAAAAACCGCCUUCAUGAUGUUAACAGCAAGCUGGAGGGUAUAAAGCAAUAAAACUGCCAAAUGUA